GCUCACGGCUGAGGAUGAGAUCUGUCGGGUUCUUGCUUGAGAUUGAAUUGGUGUUGCAUUGGCAUUGACCUUGAGACAUUAGAUCGACAAAUACGGAAGAUCUUGUCGGUCAUCUGUUUUUGAAAUACGAGGAGUCUGCGCGACUGCAUUUGAGAUUUGAUUGUAUUUCAUUUUUUAACAUGAAUGUGACCGUCGUGUGGUUUCCCUGUGGAGGUUCUUUUCACUGAUCAGCAAAAGUCCGUUUCCACAAACAUGUGAUUCAGUGAGAGACAAACAUUCUGUGAUUUGAGAGUUCAACCUUUGUACUUACCAAAAAGCGAUUGGAGCGUAGAGCGCACACGACGAAUCUUGUUGAGUUGUUCAGCUUUGGAGCUGCAAGAGUGAGUCUUAGAUUUGCUCCCAUCGACCAACUCUCCAGGCAACCCAUUUUCUCCCCCUCCCCCGUAUUACACGUAAAGUAUUUGACCUUCAUGUUGGUCAUAUUCGUUUGUCCGCAUCUGUCGUGACACGUGAAGAUCCCAUGAUGUUGUACCCGAGCGCAUGCCUGCACCUACAACAAGUAUGACAAUUCAGAUUCUUUUGAUAAAUUUCAAUUUGUUUGUUCCAUUCAUCUGAAGAAUUCUCUGACCACCCGUUUUAAACAAAAUGAGACUUCUCUCGUCCGUGGCAACACUCCUGCUAUUCGGCUUCUGCGGCUCCCUGCUUCGGCUCAGUCGCGUUGUUCUCGCGGAGCCGACCACAGUACUCAGCAAGAAUGGAGGGCCAACCUCAACGUCAACAUCCAUCUUCUUGCCUGCAACUGCAUCUUCGAACUCGAAACAUGGGCCUGCCACAACCAAACCGAAACAAGCGCUCCUCCGUGGCCUCCAAGCUUCGCCCAACAGCCUGUUGUCCGACACAACGGCUCCACCAAGGACGUUUACAUCGCCUUUUGACCGAGCUGGAGCUGCUGCUGCGCAAAAAAAAAUGGGCGUUGCCGACGAAACGACGCCUCCUCCACCUCCGGAGGAAGAGAAAACACUGUGGGAGGACAUUGAGCACUUGUUGGUGCCGAUUGCUAUUUCUGUCGGAGUUGCUUUGGCUCUUUAUGGUGCUUGGAGGCUGUUCCUGCUAGAGCCACCAGCAGAAGCAAUAAGUCGUCCUAAGUUCUGGCUCCCGCCUGAGAAGAAGCACUUGAAAAUGCGAAAUCCAGCAUAUGAGAUAGAUCAAGCGCUGCAGAAGAAAUUGAGGGACGAAUUGGGUGUGCGCGUGACGGGUCCGACUGGGUUAACGACUUCACUUCCGGGAGUAAAAAUGGAACGACAGAAACGAAAAGCUGCGCAAGACGCGGAAUUGAGUUUGAUUCUGCACUUGGAUGCACAUCUACAACAGGAGGAACAGGGGACAAAGUCUUCAAAAACGGAUCAUUUGGGUCCGACACCUGGCGCGACCCUUCUCAGCGUUGCGGAUUCUUUUUUCACCGAAGAAGAUUUCCGACGUGAGCCUGAUCAAAGGAGCCAACAAGGCACAUUCGAGUCUUUACAUCAUAUGCGUUUAGCCAAAAUGCAAAAAGCACGUGCUGACUUCGACAAAAACACAAUGCGUCUAUGGGAAAAGGAAUUUGCCAAGUUGGAAAGGAAAAACAAGAAAUCUGCUGAUCGAAAGGCCAGGAUGGACGCGCAUGCAGAGAGAAAAGAAGCUUCCAAAGCUGCUUUAAGAGACCGUAAACGGGUUCAAAAACGCGACCGGGUAAGAAGAGAGAAGGAGGAAGAAGAGGAGAGGCAAAGGGAAGAAGAAGAGCGGAAGCAGGCGGAAAAAGCGCGUAAACGAAGACUGAAAAAAAGGGGAAUGAGUACUACGUCAGAUGAAGAAGAUGCUGGUAGUGCCACUGGUGAUAGUCCUGGUGGCAUUAGGGGUGCUGCGAUAUUACUCUCGUCGAGCAACAGUGAUGAUGACGGUGGAGAUGAUGACUUUUUGGCUAAUAAACUAGCUGCGUUCAGCACGUCGGGUAGUAUUCUUGCAGCUUCUGGCCCAAUACCAAUUUCUGGAGAGCUUGCACUUGCUGAAGGAGGUGCUGGAAGUUCUAAAGAGCUGCAAGACGAAUCUGUCGUAGUCGAUGACGAUGACAACUUUGACGAGGAAGCCAUAGCUGCCGCCCAGCGUCGACGCGAGCGUGCUGAAUUAGACGCGAUCUCCGUUUCUUCGGUUAAUACGAGUGACUUGAGUCAUUACUCGCCGUAUCAGUCGGAGGGAGAGGGUGAAGAAAAUGAAGACCAGGAUGGCGAUGAGCAAGGGUCUGGAGACGAAGACAAAGAAGAUGACGGCGAGGAUGACCCCGCUAGUGAUAGUAGUCCAGGUACUAGUAACCCCUUAGCUGUGCGUCGGCUUUUUGUGAAAAAAGAGGAAAUAGAGGGGAAGAGACGUCGUCGCCCCGCAAGUAACCCAGCCGCUGCGACGCAGGAAAAACUAGGGGAUUUGGACUUGAAAUUGCAACAAGACGAGGACAGUUCUUCUGAUAUCGAAUUUGAAGGCGAUAUUCUCGACCACGCUUUGUCGAAAGCGAUCAUCACACGGCAUAAACGCUAUCAAAGGAGAGAGGGUAAGUCGCUCACCGUAUCCCAAUACGUGCUCGAAGAGCGUUGGAAAGGCUUUUUGCCCAAGCAUACUACGUUGUCGCACAGCCACUACGACAUCGAGAAAAACGAAUGGACUGUCAACACUGAAGCCUUUUGCAAUUUGAAACUACUAGAAAGUGCAGGCGUAUUUGAAGCAUUGAAGGAUCGCUACAGUAAGCCACGCGUUAGACGCAUGCUAAACGAAAAUCCUGCAACGCUCAAGGGAACGUCUUCGGUGUAUCAUGAACGAUGGGGAGCUCUGUCUGCGAGCGCAAAUCAAGGUGACAGCGAUUCAGGCCAUGGAGAAGGAGGUGGAGUCUCUGCAUCGGUGGUGCAAGCGGCCCAAAGUAGUGGGGACGGCGCUUUUCCCAAGCAUGUGAGUCUUCACGAAUGGGCAUCGAGGAUCAUGGAGCACUUGGGGAUAGAAAGCGAGAAGGAUUUGGCUAGGUUGUUGUUAGACGAAACUGCGAAUCCGAACGUGCGUCCUGAAGGUUCGAUCAUUUUCGGAGAAGGAUCGAAGCCUGAAGGACAUCGAGAAAGGUUGGACGCUCUGUGGUUUGACUGGCGUCGAGGACGCAUCAAAAAACGAUGGCGGGAAAACCUGUUAUUAAAAAACUACACGUUACAACGCGAUUAUUUACUCCCUCUGGUCAAUUUCUAUCGGACGCGUGUUAGGAGUAAGAAGAUGGGUAAAGAAGCAACUGCUCCACUGUCGAUGCCAGAGUUUGAGGACGCAUUGAAUGCGCGCUCGCCUCUGAGAAACAAGAUUGUUAAAAGAACCACGUCGGCUCUAGCCACAAGCGGCGUUGUGACGGCCCAAACGACUGUGAGAAGUGGUAAAGUGUUAUGGGAGACAGCGCGGGCGCGGAUAAAGUGGGCGAUGAUGUCAGAUGAGCAGCGUGAGGAGUGGAGAAUCGCUAAUGGUUUGAAUGAAGCACCUGAGCAACAAGAAGAACGUGAGGGCGCAGAACAAGUUACCAGUGCCUACACGAUACAAGUGGAUGCAGAGGGUGAACCUGCUGCUCCCAGCUACGCUCUUGAGGAUGAUGUAGUUAGAUCUCAACAUUCCAAUUUCAGUAACACAAUGCGGUCAUCAACACGAUCACCUUCGCCUAAAGGCGGACAUCAUCAUGAUUUGCAGAUGACAAACAACAAUACGAACUCUUUGCUGGAGCGUGUACCUGGUGCGUCCCCAAAAGGUUCAACAACUUCUGUUUUUGGUGCACUGUCCCCCAAAAGCGUUGCACCACUACAAGGAGAAUUAACGGCCAAUGUUCAGAUCGUUGUGGACGGUGGAGAGCCUGUUGAAAUCAAAGUCGAAAAAACGCAAGACGAUCAAGUGACCCAAAAAGAUCUCGCUAUGGCGCUCUCCUCGCAUGAUCAUACAAACGAACUGCCUCUACUGAUCUACCAUCCGCCCAAGGCAACUUGUCUUCAUUACGAACGCACCGAUGCAGAGAUCAAGCACGAAGAAAUUCUCAGGGAGGAGGCUAGGGCGCAGGUGGAGCGCGACGAGCGCGAAGCCAGGCGAGCAGAGUUGGCGAAUGCAGAUCCCUACAGAAAAAACGCAGUCGACAACUUCAACUUCCCCUUACUCGACAAAUACUCCGAAGACUUAGGUCUAGGAGGGGGUGAGAGCGUGAAAAAAGUGGUUGGCGUAUCUGUUGGGACUGUAGACUACACAGAAUUGGAGCUACGGAAAGAGCCAAGGCCAAUCGCAGCAGGCAGAAAAGAUGCAGUGCAGAUGGUGCAUAGACUGGAUCGGAAAAAUUGGCUUAGGAAGAGGAUGCAAUUGAUGCUGAAAAACGAGGAUGAGGGAAGGUUGAAAGGGGAGAUCAACUACAUCCACCACAAGAACAAGGAUAUGCUUCCAGGAGGUAUUGAGUUUGCUCACAUCUCGAAGCGAGAGAUCGAACGCAUUAUUCAUGGACGAACGAAGAAACAUCGCGCUCCAGACAAGUAUGUCUCUACUAGGGGAAAGGAAUUUAGCGAAGUAGCCGAUGAAUUGGUGAAGAAACACUACCAUGAUAGUGCUGCUGCGAAGAACAAACGAAGGAAAAAAGUCAGAAUAUUUGAAGACCAAGUUCUUGAUGGACGGAAUAGAAAUCAGAAUGCUCAUCUUCAUUUGGAAAAUCAGAAGCAGGAAGAACAGCUUGCUCUGGCACCAACUGCUGAUCAACAACACCUUCAACUAGCGAUUUCUCCACCUCAUCUCCAUCAACCAAUCCCUAGGGAGCCUCCUCUUCCACCAAAAAAAAUAGAUCCUCCUCCAGAGCCGCAUAUUCCAGCGUUUGGCCCUAAAGGUUACCUCACCCAUACUUCCAUUGUUGACGUUAACGAUCCCUUACAACAAGACCCUCUGUGCGACAGCUUCCACGUAGGUCAUGGCCCCAAGGGCGCUCAUAUGGUCUGGAAAAAGUGCACCUCAAGCACAGUCUUAGACACCGACUUGCACAACCGCUUGGUCGGCAGAGGUGUCGGGGCAGGGUCGAAUGGUCCAGCUUCAGCAAGUUUUGCACAGUUGGAAGCAGGAGGAGCGCGACCGGCUGUGUAUUGGGUGAACUUGACAACUGGGCAAACAGAAUGGGAUAGUGCACGAUUCCCGAGAGAUCAGAUGUACUUUACGGAUGUGAGGUGAGCAGAUAUGUUGUAGAAGUACAACUACUCGUUGUUCAUCUUCGUGGCACUGGUGCUACUCCAACUAGUACUCUUGUUUGACCACGUUUGUCUUGCAUGAUAAGGCAGGCUUCGGCUUGUAGCCAUGGACUAAAUCUGCAGGUGCUACUACAAGCCAACGGUGAUUUCAAUUUUUUUGUCCGAGGAGCUGAAUGAUCUUGAUCUUCUUAGAAACGAGUCGUGUUUCUAGUUCUUGAU